ACUUGACAUCUCCAGCACAUUUGUUUAUAUUUAGUUAAGCGGCUAAAGUUAAUUUUAUUUUGUAAUUUAUCAAAUAAUGGAGGUUGAAUUCAGCAAGGAGAACUUUCUGCUGCCGGAGAUAAAGUAUGAAUAUUUGGACCACACGGCCGAUGUUCAACUUCAUGGAUGGGGAACCGAUCUUAAGGAAGCCUUCGAACAAUGCGGAGUGGCCAUGUUUGGAUACAUGACCGAAUUGGAAUACGUCUCCGUGGAACAGUGCUUCGAAAUCGAGGCCCAAGGUGAUGAUCUGGAGGGACUUCUAUUCCAUUUUCUUGAUGAGCUGCUGUUCCUUUUCUCGGCGGAGCCAUAUUUAGUCUGCAAGAAGCUGGAUAUCACAAAGUUCGAUCUUGACACAUUUACGAUCGUCUGCCGAUGCUACGGAGAACCUUUCGAGCUGGGAAAACAUCCGCAGGGCACUGAGGUGAAGGCCAUCACAUAUUCGGCCAUGCAAAUUGUCCAGGAACCGGAGAAGGGAAACUACGAGGUGUUUGUCAUAAUUGAUAUUUGAUCCCAGCUACGAUACGUUAUGUUGGAUAUUAAAGUUGACUGUUCUGUUUCCACCCCUUUUGGCUGUCUUCAUUAAUCAUAAGUGAAAUGCCAAAAAAAACUAUAAAAAAUUACUGCAUAGCCCCGAAAAAUCUGCAAUCUCUCGUGCUGAGACUGCAUCCCCUGUCUGAAGUUUCAGGAGGAUGACUUAUCACAAAAACCACUCGAUUGUGCGGCUGCUAAUGCAAUUAGGACUGGCUUUUUCCUUACCAGUCUGAUUCCUGAAUCAA